AUGGAAGCGCGUGCGGGGGGCGCUGUGGACCCUAUGGGGAGUAAAGGAGGCCGCGGCCUCCGUCUGCCAGCAAGCCCCAGCGCCCGGCAGCUUCUGACGCGGCUGGACGCGCGCCCCCUGGCGGCCCGAGCUGCGGCCCACGUGGCAGCGCUGGUACGGCGGGCCGGCGCCACACUACGCCUGCGCUCCAAGGAGGGCGUGAGCGGGCUGGAUUCUGCGGAUAUAGAGGUCACAGACAGUCGCUUGCCUCGUGCCUCUGUUGUGGGACACCAGCGCCAGCAUUGUUGGUCAGAGACUCUAGGUACUGGUAAGACGCUACCAGGAGUGACUCAGGAUGAGGCAAGUUGUGCUUCGAAACCACCCCAGACCGCUGGUAGCUUCUGUGUGGAGCUAAUACGUGGUCCCAUGGGCUUUGGCCUCACCUUUAGUGGGGGUAGCGAUGCCAUGGCCGGGGACGUGCCGCUGGCUGUGCGUGGGCUGCUGAAGGAUGGGCCGGCGCAGCGUUGUGGUCGUUUGCAGGCUGGCGACCUUGUGCUCCGAAUCAAUGGGGAGUCCACACAGGGUCUCACCCAGGACCAGGUCGUGGAGGGGAUCCGCUCUGGCGGCCCCUGCCUCCGCCUCGUGCUCCGCAGGCCUCUUGAGACCCUUCCCAGCAAGACUGAGGGUCUGAGAGAACCCCUAAUAAGAGGAGUUCUGCCAUCCCUAGAUCGCAGCCCGGAUCCCGAGGGACUGGAGGUAAGAAGGUCUCGCAGCGCCAGCCCUUCCCCACUUCAACACCCUGGGUCCCGGAGGACGGCCAAGACUAGGGGCGGCCCGGAGCCCAGCUCGGAGGCGGCGGAUGUCUGCAGCACAGUGGUUUCUCCUCCCGAACGCCUCACGGAGGACCCCGACGAUCAGACUCCUAGUUCCCCGGGACCCUGGCUGGUGCCCAGCGAGGAACGGCUCUCGCGGGCCCUCGGAGUCCCAGGAGGCCCAGAGCUAGCUCUGGAGAAGGCAGCUGAUAGGCGAAGGCACUGA